CACCCUUUCAAUACUUUGUCUUGUACCAUCACCAUGGCUUAUUCUAUUCUUUCCCUCUCAAUUUCAAAAGUUUGAAUGCACGCAAACGCUGCGUCUCACUUCAAUCACGCUGCCAUGGACGCAGCUGCUAACGGUGACGGAGUUCCGUCUCAUCCGUUGUUCGUGUCCGUGACCGGAGUCUCCGCCUCUCGCCGCCGCCUCUCCGCAAGCUUCGUGGAGCGGAGCCGGCCUGUCUCCUCGGAGAAGCCGAUGGCGUGGUUAUCGCUCCAGGGAAGGCUCCUUAACGCCGAUGAAGCCAGCUCGGCGAGAACCAUCGGCGGCGGCUUAAGCGCCGAACAAGCCCUCGCUUGGGACCUCUUCCCUCCAAUCCAUAGGUUCCUCGUAGUCGCCGUCAUUGGCGCUGCCGUUGCACGCUCCCGGAAAGACCUUCGCAUAUGCCACCUCGAAAAAUCCGUUGAACUAAGGGACCAGGUGCUGUCGAGCAUGCAGCAGAAGCUUGACACUCUUUGCGAGUUGGUUAACAAUUCUAAGGAAUACUCAACUACGAAAAAGCCGUGUGACAAGGAUGGGGAAUUGCAAUUGAAUGAGACUUUUGGAACUGAGAAAGUUAAGCUUGUUGAUUGCGGUUGUUGGCACUGUGAACAGCACUCUGCUUUCUUUAAUGAAGGUGCCUCACCUGCUAGAAACUCCGGUGCAAAUGAGGUGCUGCAAUAUAAGACUCCCUUCCCUAAUGAGGAUCAAGAAGAACGAAGAAUGUCUGACAUGUCAGAUUGGGCUUCAAGUGUUACAUCUUCUGCCGAUAUCCAGUUAAACAAUUUGGCUGUAGAACAAGAUAUUUACAAUCUUAGGAAAGAUUGUGAAGAGAAGGAUACCACAAUAAAGGAGCUUACAACUCUGUUAAGCUCUAACGAGGUUGCUAAUUGCAAGAGGAUUGCUGAAUUAGAGGACAUUAUACGGAGGAAGAAUACAACAAUUUCAAAAUUAAAGAAAGACAUGUCUGUUCUUGAACAAAAGGUUGUGCAGCUUACUAGACUUCGUCGACCCUCUUUUUCUCCCAGUGGCUCAAAUGACAGUCCUCUCCCGCGAAUUAUGAUAGAUAACCUUCUUUAUGAUAUGGAGAGCACCUCCAGCUCCUCGUCUUCUGAUUCGGAUAGUUCCUCUGUCGUAAAAGAAUCGAAUCUUCCGGCUGAUAUUGUCUUGAAACAGGAUUCUGCCUCCAAAAUUGAUCAGAAACAUACACCGGGAAAAGUAUCCAGUUCAUCAGGUAGAGUUUUUGAACGCCACUCGAAGUCUCGAUCCAUUAGUCCUCGUAGAGAAGCCUCAAGUAGCCGAAAAUCUAAUGCAGCUUCUUCUUCAGUCCAAAAGCAAUUAUCAGCUCGUGGAGACUUGAAAAAGACUAGAAGACGAUCUCUUAAUGGAGACAAGAGUACGACUGCGCACAAGAGAUGGGUAUAGCUCUUCUGGAAUGCAUGUUUGUGGUAUAGUGUGUCCUAUACCAUGCAAUUAUCCUAUCCAACGGAAAUGAAGUGGCAAACAGAAGAUGGUAAAUUCUUUAUGGGCUUAUAUAUCAGUUGAAUACUUUAGCAGUGGCACAUUAUGGUUAGACUGGUAGACCACAACACAGAGGCAGGGAUUUUCUUCAAAUCUGUUAGUGCUUUCUAGCAGUUGGUUUAUCCUUCACUUCAUGGAUUUUUACUCAUUAAAUCCAAUUGAUCGAUGGGUAUCUUUCUAUCA